CCAACAGCUCGGCAUCGGCUGCAUCGAAUAGGAAUCGAUUCACUGUCGCCGCGGGAUACUGACGGGAUUCUCUGGCUUACGGCGUUGAUCAUUUCUCGGGAAACAGCAUCGUGCUUCUUCCACCACAUACUUCCUCACAAUGGCGACGCUGAGGACCGUUUGCCGGGCGCCUCUGAGGCAGCUUUGCCCCCGCUCGACGUUCGCAAUUGCUACAAACCAUCCCAGACUGCUACCGCGCCAGUGGCGGGGAUAUGCUUCGUCGGCGGAGGCCCAGCACAAGCUCUUGUCUCAGAGCCUCGAAGACAUCGACCCGACCGUCUACAAGAUCAUUGAGAAUGAGAAGAACCGCCAGAAGCACUUCAUCAACCUCAUUCCCUCCGAGAACUUCACCUCGCAGGCAGUUCUCGAUGCGCUCGGCAGUGUGAUGCAGAACAAAUACUCCGAGGGCUACCCCGGUGCGCGAUACUACGGAGGCAACGAGUGGAUCGAUGAGGCAGAGCGACUCUGUCAGCAAAGAGCGCUCCAGGCCUUCGGCCUGAAUGAAGCAGAAUGGGGCGUCAACGUGCAGCCCCUUUCUGGUUCCCCAGCAAACCUCUACGCUUAUUCCGCCAUCCUCAACACCCAUGAUCGCAUCCUCAGUCUCGACUUGCCCCACGGCGGCCACCUGUCGCACGGUUACCAAACACCCACAAAGAAGAUCUCAGCAGUAUCCAAAUACUACGAGACGCUGCCGUACCGGCUAAAUGAGAAGACUGGCUUCAUUGACUAUGAACAGAUGGACUUCCUAGCGAACCUCUACCGCCCGAAGGUCAUUGUUGCGGGAACAUCCGCCUAUAGCCGUUUGAUCGAGUACGAGCGGGUCCGGAAGAUUGCAGAUAGCGUCAACGCCUAUGUCCUGUCCGACAUGGCACACAUUUCGGGUCUCGUCGCCGCUGGCGUUAUUCCUUCGCCUUUCCCUCAUUCCGACAUUGUUACCACAACCACCCACAAGUCCUUGCGCGGUCCCCGUGGCGCCAUGAUCUUCUACCGCAAGGGUGUCAGGCGGGUGGACAAGAAGGGCGUCGAGGAGAAGUAUGACUUGGAAGGCCCGAUUAACAUGUCGGUGUUCCCGGGACAUCAGGGUGGUCCUCACAACCACACCAUCACAGCGUUGGCCGUUGCUUUGGCCCAAGCGCAGACCAAGGAGUUCAAAGACUACCAGCAGACAGUACUAGACAACGCAAAGGCUUUUGCAGAGCGACUAGGUAACUCCAAGGAAGAAGGAGGUCUUGGUUACAAGAUCGUCAGUGGUGGCACUGACAAUCAUCUCGUCCUCAUUGACUUGAAGGAUAAGGGCGUGGACGGUGCUCGCGUUGAGCGCAUCCUCGAGCUUGUUGGCGUCGCUAGCAACAAAAACACUGUUCCAGGUGACAAGUCCGCCAUGAAGCCUGGCGGUCUGCGCAUGGGUACGCCCGCGAUGACCACGCGGGGUUUCCAGGGCGAGGACUUCAAGCGCGUUGCCGAUGUUGUGCACCGCGCCGUCGGCAUCACACAGAAGCUCGACAAGGAGGCUAAGGCCAAGGCCGAAAAGGACGGCAGGAAAGCGCCCGGCAGCGUUGCCGCUUUCAAGGAGUACGUGGGUGAGGGCGAGGAUAUUACUGAUAUUGUCUCGCUGCGCAAGGAGGUCGAGGACUGGGUUGGCACGUUCAGCCUUCCCUGGGUGAAACACCCUUAGACGAAAAGCGUAGACACUGUCGGCUUUAUGCAUCAUGGCGUUAUGUUAGGGGAUUGUACACAGCAAUUCAAUAAUCCUUUUAUUCACUGUUGGAAGUACUGCCAUGUCUCCAACAAGAAUGCUUAGUUCAUGGUGGGUGGGUUUUUGCUCUUGCCUUGAGGGAAGCCGCCUUUCCUCGCCGUGCGCUCUUGCCCCGUUGGUCUGCACCUUCCACAGGGGCCGACGAUAAGAACGGGAAUCCUCCUAAGACCCUACUGUGGACAUCUACGCGGACUUGUUACAUUGCAAGCUUACAAUCGUACAAUGGUGUGGGUUCAUACAGAAUGGGGCAUGCGCCUACAUCCCCACUUUUUGUCCCAGCUACUGUGUUCUUCGCCAUACUGUUCGGCAACCUCCACGAUACU